AUGGAGAAAGCCGUGUUGGCUUCUCAGAAGUUUUUGAAAGGACUGAAGUCCUUACCAACUUUCGAUGAUGUGAAGCAAAAGCAGAAGUUGCAUUUGGAGGCAACUUUGGCGAAAUGUUUGACAUUUAGCACGGAAUCUGCCACUUCAAUCAUGUCAGUUUUGGAUUCUGACAUAUGGACAGAGUCAGAGCUGCAACAUUUCAAGCUGAUUAUCUCUGAGAAAACGACCCACGAGGUCAAUACUCGGAGGUCGUAUCAAGAUUUUGUGAACUUGCCAUAUUAUCUCACACCUGCGUGGUGGAACUACUUGCAGACUGCGCGUCAGCCAGAAGAAUGUUUGCAGGCAUUGAGCAAGCUCAGUGCCAAGUUGGGAUUGCGUUGCCCGAGCGAGGCAACAUAUGGCACCAUCGUGUAUUUGGCUUGCUUUUUAUUUCGACCGAAUCAGACUGAGAAGGGUCCUGCCCGGCAUCAUCCUGGUUGGCUGAGCGCCGCGUUUCCAGAAGGCUGCGAGCCGAAUCUUCUUCCUGGCAUGAACAUGGAGGACAUCACACAUGCAAUUCAGCAAUUACGUUUGCGAAGGGGGAAGAGUAUUGAUGCCGACCUUGGGAAUUCUCUGCGGGAGAAUCCGGAUGGGAAUUGGCGCGCCAUGGGUGAAUUCAUGGCUGGAUUGAUGUCUAAGAAAGUUGCUGGUGACGCGGAAACUCGUUCGGUAUCAUCCGGCAGCUGUGGGGAUGUGGCCCGUAGUGUGCCAUUGUUGGCUUUGAUGGAUGGCACGGUAGAUGAGCCUGCGCGGCCAAGUGAUAUGAAAGGCGAGGUCAUGGCUGCGUUGCCAAAGAAGUCAUCGCAUGAGGAUCCCGCUGCGGUGAUGGAAGGGGAGCUGGAUGAGAUGCGUCAAGCAUUGGCUGGGGUGCCAGGAUCUAUGAAGCGCCCAAGUGGCAAGAAAGAGGCCAAGAAAGAAGCGAAGGCUGCGAGCCAAAAGGGAAAGCCAAAAGUUGUCGGCUUGAAGAGGCCUGCGAGCAGUAAGGCAAAGCCGGUUCCAGCUGCGAGCUCGUCCGGAAAAUCACUGAAGCGUCCAGCGGCUGCCCAGCAGGAUAGCGGUGAUGAUUAUCGGAAACGGCUCUUGGCUACGGACCUGGACGUGGCGCACAUGGCUGAGGAUGAAAGUGGAAGUUAUACGGAUGGCGACGACGAUGAAGAAGAUGUGCCUGCGGGGCCGCCGAAUGCUGAUGGAGCUGCACUGGCUGCGCCCAAGGCAGCACCAGCGUCAUUGUUGCCUGCGGGCAAUCCAGGCGAUGAGCGUCGCUGCGAGCGGGGCAGUGGAUCAGAGAAGUCUCAGUCGCCAGCGCGCCCGCGCAGCAGUGGCCGUGGUCGCUCAGCGCGGCGUGCUGGGGAGCGAGCCGCGCGCUCGGAGGCGCCAGCCUUUAUUCCCCCGCCACCGCCUCCUUUCCGCGGGAAGGGAAAGGGGAAGCAGAAAGGCAGAUCGCCCAGACGCUACUGUGAGCAUUGUUGGAAUCCCGUGGGGGAGCAUGCGAGCUCUAUGGAGCAACAUCAAUACUGGAACCUAGAGUGUCUCGUAUGGCAGCGAUAUGGCGAUGGCUCGAAGAUGUCUUGGAAAGAAGCUCAAGAAGGAGCGCAAAGGCAAAAGGAACGGAGGGAACGGCGAAUUGCUGAGCAGGCGGCACUGCGUGCGGCGCAGCCGCCGCCGGAGCCAGCAGUGCCUCCUUCGAAAGAAUCCAAGAAGCCAAAGGAAGAUCAGACUGAGAAGAAGAAGAGAAAGAAAAAGAAGCGCGCGACGCCUUCGCCCAGUCCCAAGAAGCACAAGAAGGACAAGAAAGAUAAGAAGGAUGGCUCUGGGGACUCUCACGAGGAGCCCGACAAGAAGAAGCACAGGUGUGAGUUGAUUCCGCAAGAGGAGCCGUGGGUUCUGGCGCCCAUGCCUGUGCGGCGGCGCAAAAAGGGUCCGGAGGAGAGUGUGGAAUCCGUCGAUGCGGCGCCACCACCUCCCCCUCCGCCACCUUUGCCAGCACCUGUCGACUGCGCGUCGUCUGAUAGCAUAUCUCCAACCAGGCGCCCACGAGGCUCAGAAGCACACAAGGAAGAACGCAAGCGUGUGCGUAAGGAUGUGCCAGGCUUGGAUGAAGCACUCCCAGAUGGCCCAACCUUUGGGAAAGGUGGGAAGGGCCAUGGCCGAGAUGCACGUGAGAAGUGCGAAUUCUGUUGGAAACCGGUUUCACACUUCAAGAGUAGCCAAGAGCAGCACCGUUGGUUCAAUGCUCGCUGUCUGCGUUGGCAGCGUUACCUGCGUGGAGACUGCACCUGGACACACGCUGGUCACUAUGCCAAGGCAUUGUUGGCUGCGCGCCAUGAAGAAGCUGAUCUCGACCUGCGCAUCCAGACUGGGAAGGACACACUGCCGCAUGACUCGGGGAAAAUGGAUUCUCGUGUAAAAGAGAAAGCAAAGAAGAAAAGGCGCGCGCCGCCUUUGGUCCCUAGUCCGGACUCUCCCCAACGUGACCGACGUCGUCGUUCACCACCUUCGUCUGACCACGGGUCGGAUCAUGGUCGCACUUGCAAGGAGUUGGCGGCAUUUCAGGUCGCGAUGGCACGUGCGACUGAAGAUGCUAGGGAGCAUCCGAGCGAUGCCUGGGACACUGUGAUGCAAGGGCUGCGCAUAGCUGCGUGCUAUGCGGAUAGCGUGGAAGACGCUGCCACAGAAGAAGAUGUUGUAGCCUUGCAUAGGCUCCAUGUCUUGCUACAGGUUAGCCGUAAUGAGCCUGCGAGGCUGAAGAGGCAUCCCAAGUAUGAAGAUCAGUUGCUGGUGAGGUGCCACGUGCCUGUCUCAGGAGAUGGCUGGGAGCGCUGCAUUCGUCACGGUGGAGUCUUGGCAGGUGAACUCAGGAGGGCAAGGCUUUACUUAUCCAUUCUGUCAUGGGCGCUCACUGGUACGUCUGCGCGACGUCGAGAUCAGUGCUGGGUAAAACUCGGCUGCUACUUCCUGAAAAAGGCAGAACGGGAAUUGCGUCAACGCUUCCAAGCUCUCACUGGCCGCGAGCCGAUCGCAGGUUUUAGCUCCGAAACUAUCCUUCGCUCCUACGGUUUCUCUUGCCGCAGUGACUGUAUAUCGAUGGCAAUGGUGGAGGCUGCUGACGAGGCCACUCAUGCCUGCAAGGCCUGUGGGUACAAGUACUCGCUGAGUGCGGGCAGAGUGCAUGGGAGACACUUCCUUUGCCAGGGCUGUCACAACGUGCAAAACACGAUCAGGCGAAACUUGGGGGAUACGGAAGAUGUGCAGAAUUUUUCUGCAGACGACUCCAUGGCUUUCUUCCGUUCCUUGCGGGAUGCCGAGCAAAGCGAGGCAAAGUCUGCCAAAGCGGAUGCCAAGGCUGCCAAGCAGGAAGCUGCAACGACAAAGAAGACCUUGCAACAGAACGAACGCCUGGCAAGCACGGCGGCAAAGGCACUGGGACCUUUGACCUCUGUUGAAACGUCCUUGCAGAAAUGCGUCGCCAAGGCGGAGGAGGCAGAAGAUCAUGAUGCUGCUGCGUUGGAGAUGUGCAAGGAAAACUUGGCCAAAGCCAUGAAGUGGCGUGAGUCUGCUCGCGAGGCAGUCAAUCGCCAGCAGGUGCUCCGUGCGUCGGAGGAACAGAAGGAGAAGGCAGAGUCCUUGACGCCAUUGCCGUUUGAUGGAGAAGAACUCAAAAUCUUUCAGAAACAAAGCUGCGAAGCUGCGAAAGCCCUGAAGCAGAGCGUGCCAAAGAAAGCGGCGAAGGCCAAGGCAGAGCCAAAAAGGAAAGCGACUGAGGCUGAGGCAGAAGAGAAGCCGAAGCGCGCCCGUGGCAAGACCACGCCAAAGAAGAAGACCGCUUGCCACUAUCAAGAAUUCUUACGGAUGCUCUUCAACGCCGCGUGCCAGAAGAUGUGGAAGAUUGAACAAAUCUACCCACUACGCGUGGGAACGAAAUGGAUUUCACCGUGCGUGAAACGCCGGCAAAGGCUGAUGAUCACCUCACUGCGAGUGAGGCUGAACGCCAGCGCUUGCCGCUGGGUGAGCCACGGGCUCCACCAGCAACCCGAGCGGGCAUAUGCUAACGCGCAGUUAAUGUCCAGCGGAACAAGCUGCGAGCUUAUCUGCGAAAUCUUGCAAAUUGUGACCUUGACGCAACAGGAUUGUCGUGAAAUUGUCGCUUUGCUGCGGAAUGCGGAUUCCAGCAAGACAUGCACCAAAAACAAGGAAGUCUAUUUAGAUGCAUUGCCUUGCUUGAAGGAACUGCGGGUUCCUCUCACAGACGGCGGUCACAUGGCUGUUCCUUGCAUGUCUCUCGUGGGCUUGCUGCAAAAGAAAGUUGACUCGUGUCCUCUGUUUGCAGAAUCGUUGCGGCGUGUGGUUGCGCGCGACGCAACGCGUGUCCGAUUAGCCAUCUAUUGCGAUGACGCACAAGGUGGCAAUGUCAUGGCGGCAAAAGCCACCAUGAAAGCCUCUCUCAUCUAUGCCAUCUUCCUGGAUUUUCCAAUUCUUCAUCUCGAAAAUCUUUGGUUAACCUUGGCCGUGGUGAAGGCACGAGAUGUUGCCCGUUGUAAAGGCGGUCUGGCCGCAGUGAUGACGGAGCUCUUCUGCGCUUAUAAAGCUGAGUUGGAGAAUGGGCUUGCAAUCGAAAUCACCAAAGGACGCGCAGAAGGAAUUCCAAAUCAUCUCGACAUUGCAAGCACCGAGCAUCAGCAAUUCAAAAGCAUGACGCAGAGCAUGCUCAACGAAAUUGCCCGUAUCUUUUCAGAACAGCCCACAAGAAAGAAGCUAGAAGAAUGUGAGAAGAUGCUUGGAUGGAACUGGUCGAUUCUGCGGGAAAGUCCUUUGUUGUGUGAAAGCCUGCGCGGCUUCCUAGAUAUCGAAAACAUCUGCUACGAUGCGAUGCAUCACUACUGCUCCAACGGUAUCAUAGCCCAAGAGCUGGGAGCGUGGUUUUCGCAGUUGAAACAGUCGAACAUUGCAUUAGACGCUGUGCGCCGCAACGUGCUGUUGGGGUGGACAGUCGUGGAUGAGGCUCCAUCUCCUGCGCUGCUUUUCGAUGAGAAGCUUUGGCGCGAGGACUCUGAUUACAGAGGCGACGCGUCUGAGACUUUGGCUGCGCUGCCGCUGUGCGUCUCGUAUGGGGAACAAAUCUUGCGAGGAUGUUGCCCAGAACUGCAUCCAGCCCUCAAUAGUCUGCGGGACUUGCAAAGCGUCGUUGUAUGCUUGAAAAAAGUGAAACGAAAGCCAGCUGCCCGCGGGGCGCUUCGCAACCUACAAAUUCAACACAUGAAGAGCUUCGAUCUGGCAUAUCCCGGUCAACAGAGGCCAAAGUUGCACUAUGCGCUCCACCUCACAGAACAAGUUGACCAGCACAAACUCCUGCUGGACGCGUUCACCUGUGAACGCAAGCAUCGCGCAUACAAGAAACUUUGUGCUAACAAAACCCUUCAACCAGGAAGAGGAACACUAGCAAAGACCGCACUCCUGACCUUAACAGAGCACGGCCUCAAUCAACCGUUGAGUGCGGAAUUGCUAGACACGACAUUGCUUGGCAACCCAGAGAGGAACCACAUCAUGGCCGCUGCCAUGAACGUCAAAGGGCCCGUGUGGCUCGGCAUAG